GAGAUGCUAUUAUUCCUGGGGUUGUGCGGCUACAGCAGACAUUACAUACCCUGUUUUGCCGACAAAACAGGUGUCCUCCGAGCCCUGAUCCGCGAACAGGGAGCCAGGAAUCUCAAGGCUUGCCUGGUCUGGACACCGAAGGCUGCCGAGGUCUUUGUGUCAUGGUACAGGAGCUGGCCUCUGCUGCGGCCUUGGCCACUCCUGACUACACUCUGCCCUUCCAUCUAGAUGUCUCUAUUUCAGGGAAAGUUGUGAAUGGAGCUCUGUACCAGAAAAUGCAGCAUGGACGUGCAGUGUUGAUGUAUUGCAGCGUCCCCUUGGACAACAUUGAGCAACGACAACCCGAUUGUUCCAGAUAUGCGGCUGGCCUGGCGAAGGUCUUACUCAAAACAGCCCACACGGUCAUGGGGCAUCCAGUCUAUGUGUUAACUGAUCAUGCAGUCUCCUCAUUUGUCGCAUCGGCAGCGUUCAAAUUGACUCCGCUGCGACAAACACGGUUGUUGAAAAUAUUGACUGCCCCAAAUGUCAACUAUGUCUAUUCCGGAGUGAACAUGGCCGAUCAAUUGUUGGUGGGACCCCAUGAGUGUGCAUCAAAGGUCCAGACGGUGACGAAAGUCCGACCUGACCUCUAUUCCACUCCGCUCGGGCACGGUCGGGUGGUGUUUACAGAUGGCUGCUGUUGGAGAGACAGGAUGGGCUCCCUCCAUGCGGCCGCGGUCGAGUGGAGGGAUGGCUCCUUCCAGCCUCUUAAAGUGAUGAAGCUCAACACCCACCCAUCGGCCCAGGCGGCAGAAGUCUUUGCUCUGGUGUUAGCUUUACGACAAUGCAAGGGGGAAGCCGUGACCAUCUAUUCUGACUCCGCUUAUGCGGUGUCGGCGGCUUUAAUCGAUCUGGUAGGGUGGCUACAGAAUGGGUUCACGACGGCCAGAGGCUCGGAGAUUGCGCACAAGGAUUUGAUGUUGCAGUUGUUUGAGGCGUUGAAGUACCCGAGCGAGGUGGCCAUUGUCAAAGUGCCUGGUCACUCCAAAGCUGACACCUUAGUGGCUAGGGGGAAUCGAGCGGCUGAAGAAUUGGCCAAGCAGACGGCCGGGUACGGCGGGGCAGAGGACAUGAUGGUGUCCCGCAGUCCACUAAUAGUGGACGGGGAACACCCCGACUCCUGUUUGCCUCUGUCACUCUCGCAUGCCGAUCUGUGUGCCGCCCAGGGUGCCACGUCCCCGGAACAAAAAUCGGUCUGGCUGGCAGCAAAGGCUGUCAAACGAUCAGAUGGCUUGUGGGUAGGACCCAAAGGACAGCCAGCUCUUCCGGAGGGAAGGCUGAUGUUGGAGAUCCUGACACAGGCUCACACACCUUCCCAUGUGGGUCCCCAUGCCAUGAUGGUCCAUCUUCGAAGUUGGUGGCAUCCCAAACUCUCAGAUGUGGUCUGGAAAUUCGUUGCAGAUUGUGAGUCUUGCCAGACGUUCAAUGCACGCCCUACGUUGAAGCCUAAACCCGGCCUGUUUCAACUGGCCCCGUGGCCGGGGGCAGAGGUGAUCAUUGAUCUCACCGACAUGAAUACAAGGGUGAAUGGAAAACGCUUUUUGCUUGUGUUGGUUGACGCUUACUCAGGCUGGCCUGAGGCAUAUCCGUGCUCGAAGGAAAAUUCGGCUGCUGUGAUCACACAUUACAUUCCUACCCACGGUUUUCCGGCCUUGAUCCGUUCUGACAAUGGUACACACUUUAACAACAAAGCCUCGGCCAAGGUGGAAUCAAUUUUGGGAUUGAAGCAUCGCUUCGGGUGUGUUUACCAUCCUCAGUCACAAGGCCGCGUUGAACGACUUAACCGAACGCUAAAAGAGAAAUUGGCCAAACGUAUGGCUCAGACAACAAUGAAUUGGCUACAAGCACUUCCGCUUGCUUUGCUGUCUGUGAGACAAUCCGUUAACAGGAGCACUGGAUUCGCACCGUUUGAGUUGAUGACGGGCCGUCUAAUGCCGGGACCAGCGACGACGCUCGUCCCACCAGAGGAUGUUCCGGUACCUAAUUUGUCUCACACAGCAUACUGGUCCUAUUUGUCUGCUUUGGUGUCCAGUGUUUCUGCACAGCUUGGAGAGAAAUCCGCCGCGGCGGAAGAAGGUGUGUCGGUGGAGAAACAGCGGACCCCCGGUGGAAAGGCCCCUUUCGUGUCUUGGCCAGGACGUCUCACGCGGCCCAACUCGACUUCAAAGGACGCCGGUGGUAUCACUACUCACAACUCCGUCCGGCCCCAGAGUUUGUUCCGUCAGGAUGAAGACCUCUGGUUGUGGUGUGGUGACAACAAAUUAUAUGAUCGCUUGCCGAAGAAUGCAUCAGGUAUCUGUGCCCUUGUGUCUUUGAUAAUGCCUGUGGUGGUUGUCCCCAUUGAAAUACAGAAUCUCAAUUGGAACAUGGAGUUCCCACUGGUGGGGCUCCUGAGGCGAGCCAAAAGAGACGUUUUGCCCCCAUGGUUGAGCAACAACAAUCCAACAUAUAUUGACGCUAUAGGAGUGCCCCGGGGUGUGCCAGAUGAGUAUAAACUCGUUAAUCAAGUGGCCUCGGGAUUCGAAAGUAUUUUCUUAUGAAUCACCCCCAAUAAAAAUGUUGACCGUAUUAAUUACGUUCAUUACAAUGUCCAACGACUGGGUAAUUAUACAGCUGAAUCAUUUGUAGCGGUCCAUGAACAAUUGGCCGCGACGUCAUUGAUGUCGUUCCAAAAUAGAAUUGCGUUGGACAUGCUAUUGGCUAAGGAACAUGGUGUGUGCGGAAUGUUUGGUGAUGCAUGUUGUACUUUCAUCCCCAACAACACGGCACCAGGGGGCCGACUGACCCAGCCGUUGGAAGGACUAAGGACACUGAACAAAAAGAUGAAAGAUCAUUCAGGUGUACGCACCGAUAUUUGGUACGAUUGGAUGAAAACGUUCGGAAACCGGAAAGGCCUCAUCAUGUCUGUGCUUGUUGCUGUGGCUAUUUUUACUACAAUAAUGAUUUUAUGCGGUUGUUGCUGUAUUCCAUGUAUUAGAUCACUCACUGUUCGGUUGAUCGAGAAAACCGCUGGCCCGUUGUCGCCGAAUGGCCAAUAUACCCUGCUGACUCAGCAUGAGCCGCGGGGGGAAGAAAGGACCGACAGUGUGCUGGUCGCUGCUUGCUAGAGUAA